AUGGCCAACUUCACCAUGGUGACAGGAUUCCUCCUUAUGACCUUUUCCAACACCUGGCAGCUGCAGGUUUUACAUGCCAUGCUAUUCUUGCUGAUCUACCUGGUGGCUGUAAUAGGGAACCUGCUCAUUUUCACCACCAUAUCUCUAGAUGAGCACCUCCACUCCCCCAUGUACUUCUUCCUGAAAAAUCUGUCCUUUUUAGAUCUUUGCUUUAUUUCUACCACACUCCCUAAAUCUAUCACAAACUCCCUGAGCUGUAGCCGUUCCAUUUCUUUCAUGGGGUGUGUAUUACAGUUCUUUUUAGUAAUUUUCUUUGCAGCAUCUGAGCUUUUUCUCCUCACAGUGAUGUCCUAUGACCGCUAUGUGGCCAUCUGCCAGCCCCUACACUAUGAAGUCAUCAUGACCAGAAGGGCUUGUGUGAAGAUGGCAACUGUUUCCUGGCUCAGUGGAGGUUUGUUUGGGACUCUCUACUCAACUAAUACAUUCACUUUGCCUUUCUGUAACUCCAAGGAAAUUCAUCAGUUCUUCUGUGAUUUCCCUUCAUUACUUAGGCUCUCCUGCUCCAGUAUACAUAUUGGACUAGAUGUGACUUUGGCUCUUGGGGUUGUUUCAGGGAUUUUCUGCUUUAUUUCCAUAGCUAUAUCUUAUGGUCCCAUAUUCUCAACUGUGCUAAAGAUUCCAACCACAGAGGGUCAGUCAAAAGCUUUCUCCACUUGCCUGCCCCACCUUAUUGUUCUCAUGAUUUUUAUUACAACCUCAGUCAUAGUUUACCUAAAGCCACCUCAAAAGCAACCUGAUUCAAUUCUGGAUUUAUUAUUGUCUAUAUUCUAUACAGUAGUUCCCCCAACCAUGAAUCCUAUCAUUUAUAGCCUCAGGAACAAGGACAUCAAGAUUUCUCUGAGGAAGCUACUAGCCUGGAAACACUUCUCAUAA